AAUCACCCUAUGUGACUUUCAAAUGUACUUAUUGCAUCUCUGAUUAAGUAUAAACUUCCACUUGAGCUUUGUCGUUAGUAAAAGUAGCAUUUUUAAUGUUGUCCUCUGCAUAAAAUAUAGAUGAAAUCUUAGUUAAUACGAAUGUGCUGUCACUUACUGUAACAAGUUUCAUUCGACAUGUCUUUGUCAUACUAUGACCUAUGCUACUUCUUUUUCUUCUCCUUUAUAUCUAUUCAUCAUUAAACCUAAUGUAGUUCUCAUAUGCUCUUGUCCUCUAAUUAAGUUGACUGUCCUGUUUUAGUUGUUGUCCAGCAUUUCAGUCAACCUGAUGAAGUUUGUUGCUGAACUUUCAGGUUGGUAUUAGAUCAAUCAACAUAGAAGGGCGUGAACAAGGAAAACGAUUUGGUGUUGAGCAAUAUGAAAUGCGAACCUUUUCAAGAGACCGUCACUUUUUGGAAAACCUGAAAUUAGGGGAAGGUGUGAAGGGUGUGUACAUCUCAAUAGACGUAGAUUGCCUUGAUCCUGCAUUUGCUCCUGGAGUGUCACACAUUGAGCCAGGGGGUCUCUCCUUCCGUGAUGUUCUCAACAUACUCCACAGCCUUCAAGGCGACCUUGUUGCUGCAGAUGUCGUUGAACUCAAUCCCCAGCGUGACACUGUUGAUGGGAUGACUGCAAUGGUAGCUGCUAAGCUGGUGAGAGAGUUGGCUGCAAAGAUGUCAAAAUGAUAAAAUUAUCAGGUGCCUUCCUUUGGUAUACCUGGAGACUAGACCUUCCAGCAUGUAAUUUCUUGUUAAUUACUAUGAAUUUAAUGAAUAAGUGGGCCUUUUUCAAGGUGAACUAUUCUUAAUUUUGGAUUGAA